GCGCGGUCCUGGAAAUCUGGUGACUUUAUAACCUAUUUCUCUUGGUAAAAUGACAGUCUCUAUGUAUAUAUAUACUAACUAACUUUUGAAUAUUUCACUUCUUGUAUAAAAUUUAUCAAUCAUGUCAUCUGAGCUUGAAGUAUUGAAACAGCGUAUUGUUGAACUUGAGGCUAAGAAUGCCGAGCUUGAGGCAGAAAAAGCUGAACUUUUAAAGCGGAUUAUGGAGGAGAAUAAUACUAGACGAGAUGUUAGAGUUGAGGAACUGGAGCAAAAAAAUAAGGAGCUUGAGACCAGACUUGCGAUAGUGGAACAGGCUUCCUUACCAGUGAAAGAGCAGACGUAUAAUGAUAAUCCUUCUGAUAAUAGUACAUCUAACUUUAAUUCAGUUACAGAGUAUCAUGAGAAACCAUUGGUGGAUGUGGAAACAGAUAAUUCCUUUCCUGAAGAGAUUUGCUAUAAUAAACAAGAACUGGUGGCGAUGGUACCUGCCAACUCUGCGAAGCGCCUUAACGGCAAACCGUUGAAAGAGAAAGAUAUGGAUAGUUUCUUGCUUGAGGCUCAUAAGAAAAUCGUUAGUAGUGAAAUAAAGCGACGCAAUAAGGAAAAGAAGAAUGAAAAAAAUGGGCAGGGAUUGAUUCAAGAAAUCUCUUCAUCCGUACCCAAAGAAAAUCAUGUGACUAAAAUUUCCAAGACCGCGUGGUCCCGGAAAUCUGAUAAUUCAAAUGCAUUAGUGUCUUCAUUUCAUGGGACUACUAUGAUAGAGAUAUCUCAAUAUUUGGCCCAGUUAUGUGAUAAAGCGCUUAUUGCAGAAGAGCACAGAUUGGAAGCAAAUCAAGAAGAAAUAUUAUGCUGGUACCACUAUGGAAGAAAUUUCGUAUUUCAGUUGGAGGCCUUGUGUGAUAAUAAUAAAAUUGGUGAAAAGAAGGCAAGAGGUCUAAUAUACGAUGAAGUCGUGAAGCAAGUUAAUAUCCUUCGUAAGAAAAGAUCUCAAAAUACAGGGGUGCCACUCCCAGACAUAACAAGAGAUGGUUUGCGCAAAAAAACUCAGAGAGCUGAGAAGAUCUACAAGCUUCUCGAAAAAAUAGGAUUGGAUAAAAUCCAGUAUAUCAAGUCGUAUAGGGACCAGGUAAGUGAAUCAAUAGCACCUAUCCCAUUAGCCCAUAUCUCUAAUUCUUCUGAUGAUUCCAAAGAAGUCAGCCCAAGCAAUUCGCUCGAAGCUGAGGACGAUUACUACAAAAUGCUCUUGGAAGAUUGUGUGUAUUUCGAUUCUACACCUAAGCCAGUGAAAGAAACGAAUGAAGAAGUUGUUUCGCAAUCAGUUAAGACAGACGAUGAUAGUAACUGUAAUCGCAACAGUGAUGUUUGCUUAAAGCAAUCGAUGCCAGACGAUUCAGAUGAUGAUGGAUACAAUGGAUACGGUGGAUAUAAUGAAUAUGGUGAACGUGAUAGAGGUUAUUAUUGUUGUGACGGAAGAUAUGAAAGGAAAGUCUCACCAAUGAUGAGUCCUAUUAUCUCACCGGUAACCGCCUAG